AUCAGCUAAAACAGUCAAACGUAUUAAUUUGCAACGUUUUAGCUACUCACAAUAGAUUAUAUAUUUGUCUGUGUCCCCUAACUAUCUGAGAUAUCUCUACGACUGUCAAAUCAAAUAAGUAACUUUUUGACAAUUCCUUGGUUGCCUUUCUCGUCCACCAAAGCCUCGCGUUGCUUGUGUCCCAUGACGCUUGAUUCAUGAGCCGACUCGUAUCAUAAACCGAGAGCCAAUUUUCUGGAAAUAUACGUGCUCUCUCCCUUUAUUUUUCUACGACCUUCAAAAGACACUUGCGUAGUUACCUUUUAUAAACCAGUGGUGUCUUUGAGGGCUUUCUCCAUCAACUGUGGAGACUAGGCUACUGGCCACCCACAUCAUUGUGAUCACCUUCAUUACCUGCCAGUUUAGGAUGCAACGAUGUACUUGUCAUGCUGCUUCUCACUAAUGCCUCAGGUAGGAAGUGAACCGGAGGACGUCACAGAGGAGGGAUGCCUGUAGAGAGUGGAAGCAGUGCCGCCGCCCGUCACACCAAGCAGAAGCGCAAGUCCCACAGCCUGUCCAUUCGGCGCAGCAACAGCACUGACCAGGAGCAGCGCACAGUGACAGGCAUGCAGAGAGAUAUGCUGGACGGACAGGACUCCAAGUUGCCCCUAUCCUUGCGGAGCAAUCUACUAGACCUGUUUGGCCAGAUAGAGCGGGAGUUUGAGAAUCUCUACAUCGAAAACUUAGAAUUGCGCCGGGAAAUUGAUACACUCAACGAGCGCCUAGUAUCCGAAGGACAAACCAUCGAUGGAGGAGAGCUGAGCAAAGGAGCUCUGAAAGCGAAAGCCAGUCACAGUACCAGCCAGCUCUCUCAGAAACUGAUGACCACGUACAAAGCCUCCACGAGCAAGAUAGUGUCGAGUUUCAAAGCCACCACGUCCAGAGCUGUGUGUCAGAUCCUGAGGGAGUAUGUGGGCCACCGGGAUGGCAUCUGGGACCUGGCGGUCACACGGAACUCACCUGUGGUUCUUGGGACCGCAUCAGCAGACCACUCUGCUGCUCUGUGGAGUAUAGAGACAGGAAAAUGUCUGCUUAGAUAUGCUGGCCAUGCCGGAUCAGUCAACUCCAUCAAGUUUCACCCUACGGAACAGAUGGCCCUGACAGCGUCUGGGGACCAGACGGCUCACAUCUGGCGCUACAUGGUGCAACUGCCCGUCAUCCCGCCUCUAGCAGAUAUCAGCGCACUGUGUGACGACGAGCUGGACUUCUCAGACAGGGAGGAUGGUGACGGGGACGGGGAGGGUCCGUGCAGUGAGGUCCCCACCAUCCGCGUGGCCACCACCACCUUGAAGAGCCACCAAGGGGUGGUCAUCGCUGCAGACUGGCUGGUAGGGGGCAAGCAGGUGGUCACUGCUUCCUGGGACCGGGCUGCCAACCUAUAUGAGGUGGAGACCUCAGAGCUGGUCCACACACUGACAGGCCACGACCAGGAGCUGACCCACUGCUGUACCCAUCCAAGCCAGCGUCUGGUGGUCACCUCGUCCAGAGACACCACCUUCCGUCUGUGGGACUUCAGAGACCCCUCCAUCCACUCUGUUAACGUGUUUCAGGGACACACCGACACGGUGACGUCAGCUGUCUUCACAGUGGGGGACAACGUGGUGUCGGGGAGUGACGAUCGCACCGUCAAGGUGUGGGACUUGAAGAACAUGAGGUCGCCCAUAGCAACCAUCCGCACGGACUCUGCUGUUAACAGGAUAAGUGUCUCAGCCAACCAAAGAAUCAUCGCUCUCCCACACGACAAUCGGCAAGUCAGGCUGUUUGACAUGACUGGAGUAAGACUGGCACGACUACCACGCAGCAACAGACAGGGUCAUCGACGCAUGGUGUGCUGCUCGGUGUGGAACGAGGAGAAUGCGUCAUGUAACCUGUUCACCUGUGGCUUCGACCGGCAAGCCAUCGGAUGGAACAUAAACAUCCCAGCUCUGCUGCAGGAGAAGUGAUGCAGGACAAGUGACACACACACUGCACAUACACGGGCGUGCAGACACACACACACUACACACAUACCACUGUAUUUGAUGUAUAUUAUCUCCAUCCACUUUGCAUGGACUGAGUGUUUUUGUGUGUUUUAAUGGAGAGGACAAAGUCAUAUUUUAAACCCAUCUAUAUAUGUAAAAAAUAUAUUUGGUUGACUCCAGAAAACACUACUUCUAUGGUGUUGUUUACUGCUGAUGAACAUGAAUGGGUGAAUAGCAAGCCCUAGUUGAUCUUGCAUGCACUCAAACUCCCGUCAAUGUAUUUGUAAAACUGUCUGAAGAACGAUAGGAGAGGCAAUACAUUUGUACCAUGCGUAUCAUAUGGUGGCCUGGUCUAACCCAGAUGGAUGAUCUUUGCACUGAGUGGGUAAUCUUGUCUGUUUUCACCCUCUUUGGCCUGCAUGAUCAAGGGCUAGGAGUUUACUAUACUGUAUCAUCUAGAGACCUACACAUUUGACCUACUGAGUUGUUUUGAGUCAGUCACAUUUUACACUGUCCAUUGUACAGAUUUCCUUUUAAAAACACAUUUAAACAAUUGUUUGCCAUGCUGUUAGGAUACAUCUGCCUUGUUCUUUCUAUACUGUGUAGUACUCAAUAUGACUAUGUGGGUGUACUGUAGAUUUGACAAUGGGGAACCUGCAAUGAUGUUUUUUUGCAAGAAAAUACAUUCAUGCAUGCAGCAGCAAUGGGGCUUGUUCAAUAUCAUAUUUCACAUUUCCUCCAUGGGUCACAAUGUGCUGAUAUGGUUACUGGUCACCUGCUUAGAUAAAUAUGCUUGACUGAUAUUGAUGUUUGCUGUACAUAGAUCUCAAUGAAAAUGAUAGAUGAUCAGCUUGAAGUGUGUAGUCCCCCUGGCCAGUACACUGUUUACUGUAUUGCAUGGGCUAAUCUAAUGUUGAAUAUGUGAUCAUAACAUCCUCCAAUAGCAAAGCCACAAAAGAGCUCAAUAAAAUUAUUUGGUUAAUUAUCACCAUGGUUACACGGGAAAUUGGCUGAGGCGCGUCAGGAUGAAGUAUAGUUUGGAUGGUUAGGGCCAGGAGUUUUUCCUGACUCAUGUUACCUGACUACAAAGAAAUUAAAUUGUAGUUAUAGGAUACACAGUGCCUUCAGAAAGUAUUCACACCCCUUGACUUUUUCCACAUUUUGUUGUUAAAGUGGGAUAAAAAUGUAUUUAAUUGUCAUUUUUUUGGCAAUCUACACAAAAUACUCUGUCGGAAGUAGAAGAAAAAUAUAUAUAUUUUUUAUCUUUGGAAAAUAAACACUAACUUAUCUUGAUUAGAUAACUAUUCAACCCCCCCGAGUCAAUACUUGUACUAAUUUUUGCCGCUGAUUUACAACUGUGAGUAUUUCUGGGCAUGUCUCUUAAGAGCUUUGCACACCUGGCUUGUACAAUAUUGCCCAUUAUUCUUACAAAAUGUUUUGAUCUCUGUCAAGUUGGUUGUUGAUCAUUGCUACACAGCCAUUAUCAAGUCUUGCCAUAGAUUUUUAAGCCGAUUUCUAAGUCGAAACUGUAACUAGGCCAAUCGAACAUUCAACAUCGU